UGGGCCAUGCAUGAGCCCUCGAGGAACUUCGGAAGAAACGCAGCGGCAGCCCUGUGACAGUUACCAACUCUACCGUUCUUCUGUGGGGGCGGGGCGACAGAGCUAAGGGAAGCGUCUGAGUCACCAUGGAAACGGGGCCCAGAGAGAGUAUUAGCUGCGAGGAGAAGGAAUCCCACGAAAUCUGCUCCCCUGGAUUAUUGGUGUUCACCGGCUGCUCUGAGCAGGAUGCCAACUUGGCUAAACAGUUUUGGCUCGGGGCGUCCAUGUACCCCACUACUGAAUCUCAGCUGGUGCUGACCCGAGGCAGAAGUCAACGGCUACCAGUGGCAAGGCAUUCUAAACCCCUUGUGAGUGAGAAAAAUCCUGUGCAGCCCCUUCCCGUUGAUGAGAACAAGGAGGCGACUGCUAAAGUUCAAAAGAUUCAAGAAUCUGAAGAAAAAGCAAAAUAUCUCCAAAAGGCCAAAAAGAGAGAGGAAAUUCUCCAACUUUUAAGAAAACAGAGAGAAGAGAGGAUUUCGAAAGAACUGAUUUCAUUACCUCAUAAGCCUAAGGUCAAAGUACCCAAAGCAAAGUAAGUUUACUUCCAAAAACAUCCUCAUUGUUUUACUUACUGUCUUUAAAAUAACUGUUUUGUUUGUCUCCUACCAACAAAUCUUCUAAAAACCUGCACCACUGUGUUAGGGGUUUCUUGCCUUAAAUAUACUUCUCACUG